GGACCGACAGACAGCCGAGCAACCAGACGUGGCCGCAGGGCAGGAAGCUGCACUGGGGUAGCAGGCUCCAGAGGGUCAUGGCCGAGCUCAAGUCGUUGCCCGGGGACGCGUACCUGGCACUGAGCCACGGCUACACCGCUGCUGGUCACGCCUACGCAGCGGCGCGCGGACCAGAGACUACACGCGGCUUUGGUGCAUCCGGUCCAGGUAGCGACCUCCCCGCGACGCCUGCUUCCCGCGUCCCCGCCGCGACGGUCGAGAGCAGCGGGGAGCAGAGCGGCGAUGAGGACGAUGCCUUCGAGAGGCGGCGGCGGCGGCGAGGGCCCGGGGUAUCGGUGGACGCACGGCGGCGGCCCCGGGAGCAGCGCUCACUACGGCUCAGCAUCAACGCGCGCGAACGGCGGCGAAUGCACGACCUGAACGACGCGCUGGACGGACUGCGCGCAGUCAUCCCCUAUGCGCACAGCCCGUCGGUGCGCAAGCUCUCCAAGAUCGCUACGCUGCUGCUGGCCAAGAACUACAUCCUCAUGCAGGCUCAGGCCCUGGAGGAGAUGCGGCGCCUGGUGGCCUACCUCAACCAAGGCCACGGUCUCGCUGCGCCUGUGGCCGCCACGCCUCUGACGCCCUUCGGCCAGGCAGCGGUCUACCCGUUCUCGGCGAGCUCGGCGCUCGGGCCCUGCCCAGAUAAGUGCACCGCCUUCUCCGGGUCGCCCUCGGCGCUUUGCAAACACUGCGGCGAGAAGGCCUGACCGUGCCGAGCCCCUCCGCAGCCGCAUUUUAUUUAGACUACCCACUGUCCUCACUGGCGGGACCCUAUGGGGAGAAGGCAGCCGGACCCCGGACCCUGUUUGCAGAACUGUUGGGUGCAGACCCCGAAGUCGGUCCUGGCAGAGCCAGAGACUCUCGAGACACCGCCGCAACCACAGAGCUCUCUCAGGGUCCGCUGGGCGUUGCCAGCGCGGUAGGGGUGAGGAUGACAGGUUACCAGCUGUGCGCCAAAAGAAAGCCACGGUAGGAAACAGGUAGUGGUUGGUCCCACUUCGGACAGGUGACUCGGCCCAAGGCUCAGGAGCGCAGACACAGAGCACUUCCGAGCACUAGGGAUUGUCCUCUGCCCCAAUCCCUUCUAGGCCAAUCUGCAGGGUCUUGCUCCAACUAGGCGUGUUCGCAGGACGGGUGUGGCUCCUUACUCGGGGUCCUCUGAUGGCCCCAAGAAUCCGGACCGGGCCGCUGAGAGAGGUUCUACCGCGGUCCUUUGCAACAGAAGUGAGGGCAGACGUAGGAACCCAGGAGAUGAAAUUUGCAGCAUUUUCCAAGUAUGAAUGUGUUCUGUAACGUUCUUUCCUGCCCAGAGGUUCAGGAAACCGGCGGCUGGAAGGGGCGUCAUUUCGUGCUGUUUUUUCCAAGGGGACUGAUGGAGUGCAGGUCCUCACAAUUUGCACGGGACUACUUGAGGGUCAGCCGAGGACUUCAGUCUAGAUUCAGGGUCAGUGAAGCCCCUCUGCUCCCGUUCAGGGACUUCUGGAGGAAGCCGGGCUACCGGUGAGUACCCGGCGCUGGACUGUUUGGUAACCGGUCGCUCACAAAGUAGAACCGCAACCCAGAAUCCUGACACUUGACUCUAGCCGGAGCCUUUAGCCCGGAGCAUGCUUGCUGGUUUUCGCUGCGUGGCCCUCGGCAGCUUCCGCCUCUGUUUACCCAAUUAUCUCGGCCUUCUUAGAGGCAAAGCAAAUCGAGAGAGGGCUGCCGUCCUGCAAAGCGCCUGUCUAUGACGCUUAACUUCAAUUAAUGCGCUUGAAAAGGCCCUUUUGUAUUCGCAAAAUGACGUGUGUGAUUAAGUCUUAUUCAUAAAGACAGUAUGCUCAGUA